AUGCAGGUGAACCCAGCCUUUGAAGAGGACCUUGAAAAUAUAAAACCGGUGCAAGAGCCGAAGCCUCAAACCAUCGUCACCGAGCCAAAAGAGCCCCCCAAAUCCUUCUUCGGCCACAAAGUACGAUGGGUUGUGAUGCUGCUGGGAACGCUGUGUUUGUCCGCCGUCAUGUGCAACUCAUUGGCACUGAAUUUCACAGUAAUUUGUAUGUAUAAGGAGGAGGAUGUCAGUUGGAAUAAUACAGGUAAUUUUUUUUACCGUAGUGUUUUAUAUGUCAUAAAAAAAUUUUUUGAAUGUAUGGAACAGUAUUAAACGUGUAGAGAAAAUUUCAGGAGCACAAUUUGAAUUUUAAUAUUUCGCGAAAUGCACAGUGCAGUUUGAAAACCAAAAAUUUCAUUCCGCACAGUGCGAAAAAAAUUUUACUACGAAAUUUUUGCAGCAUACUGCGAAAAAAGUAGCUCUUAACGGUGAGGUCAGAAACUUUAAUCCUUGAUCUGCACUGUGCGGUCCAAAAUUUCGAUCAAACUCCAUCGCACAGUGCAGAAAUCGUAUUCGAAUUUUUUUCGUACCGUGCAAUGAAAAAUACGGAAUAUCAAAGUGCACUGUGCGGACCAUUAUACGAGAAAUUUUUUUGGGAGUGCGACCUAGAAUUGCACUGUGCGACGAAAAAAUCUUGGGUUUUUUACGCACGUACUGUGGAAAACAAAAAAUUUUUUGAAAAAUAGAUGUAAGAAAUUUUUUGAAAAGUAGAUGUAAAAAUUUUUUUUCAAAAAUAGAUGUAAAAAAUUUUUUGAAAAAUAGAUGUAAAAAAUUUCUUGAAAAAUAAAUGUAAAAAUUUUUUGAAAAAUAGAUGUAAAAAAUUUUUUGAAAAAUAAUUGUAAAAAAUUUUUUGAAAAAUAAAUGUAAAAAAUUUUUUGAAAAAUAGAUGUAAAAAAUUUUUUGCAAAAUGAAUGUAAAAAAUUUUUUGAAAAAUAUAUAUUUUAAACAGGCGCAGAAUAAAAUGGCUGAGAAAUACUAUAUAUUUCAGCUUGCAUCAAACAGCUUUAUCAACCAAAUUUUCAGAGCCUCAUCAAAAAACGUCCUUAUACGACGAGAUCGAGAGGAGUUGGCUUUUCGCAGCCGUUGCCAUUGGCCAAUUAAUUGGAACAAUUCCGUUGGCGUAUCUCACUCCGACGUUGGGAAUGAAGUGAGUGUGAGCUAAAGGGCCUAUUUUUGAGUAUUUUAGGCUGAUUUUUUCAAUUUUCGGCGCCAUCUCAGCGAUCUCUACGCUAUUAUUGCCAGCGUCCGUUCCACUUGGAUUUUUUGCGGUAUUCAUCAUCCGAAUGCUACAGGUCGGUGUGAAAUGGCCUUAUUAGGUUACGGGAAGACGAUGGAAAUAAUUAAUUUUUCUUGCAAACAUUGGUUUUGCAAUUUCUUUUGCUUACACAGUGCGGAACAAGAAAUUAAAAAGUCUCUACACAGUGCGGUUUAUCAUCAAAAAUUUUUUCACGAUGCAAAAAAAGACUGAGAUCCUCUGCACUGUGCAUUCUCAUCUUUUUUUGAUUUUUGCACUGUGCGAUUUCGAACUUUGACUUUUCGCACUGUGCAAUCAAAAAAUCUUUGGGAAAUCGUAUUUUACAAGAGUUUCUUUUGGGAUUUUCACUGGUUAUCGAUGACUCAGGACCAAUUCGACAAAAAUCAAGAAUUUUUUCAAGAUGAGUUUCCACACAACGCGAAAAAAUUUACUUUUUAUUUUUCGCACUGUGCAAUCAAAAAAUUUUUGGAAAUUCCAAAACUUCACUAUUAAAAAAAAUCUCCAAGGCUCUGAAAAAGCAUUCUGCAUGAAAAAUGGGCACUGAAAAUUUCCCUACUGCCACUAAUCCGACCCAAAUCACUUUCAGGGUUCGGCCACGGCCACGUCUUUCCCCGCGAUCGGCUCGAUUGUCGCGGAAUGGUCGACCCUCAAGAAGUCGGGCACUUACAUUGCCUGGAUGUCAAUUCACCUCCAAUUCGCGCAAGUUUUCACGAUGCCCUUGGGCGGUGUGUUGUGCGGGAGUUCGUGGAGUUGGCCCUCUUUAUAUUACAUUCAAGGCGGACUAACAGCAAUUUUAUUCAUUUUGUUUUGGUUCGUCUACACAGACAGCCCGGAAAUACACAAGUAAGUUGAGUCAAGGUGAAUUUUAGAUAUUGACUUAAAAUUUUUGGCCAAUUUUGAUAUUUUUUGAGAAAAAAAUUAUUUUUUUCGAGAUAAAUUGUAUGUUUUCAUGUUUUAAGAAACUGGGGUGCCUUUUUAAAAGGCUCAAAAUUUCGUGUAAUCCCUCUUUCUACCGUUUCCACUCUAUUUUACAUCAUUUCCGACACUAAAAACACAAUGCCAAAGUUGGCGGUAAAUUCAAAAUUUAAAAACAGAAAACGCAAUCAAAAAUGAAAUUUUCAGGAGUGUCAGCUCCAAAGAGCUCAAAACAAUUAAAAAGAACAAAGUGGUGCAAGUGGUGGAAGUUGACAAAAAGUUGGACAUCCCCUAUCUGGAAAUCAUGAAAGAUCCGGCCGUAAUUGGAAUCAUGUUGUCCAACUUUGGAGCCAAUAUUGGGCUUCAAUUCUUCUUCCAAUAUGGGCCUGUUUACCUCAAUCAGGUGAGAUUUAAAAGGCAAUAAUUCGAAUUAUUAGAUCUAGGCCAUUUCUGCAUAACGCGGUCCGAAAAUUUCGAAAAAUUGAGGAUGAGAAAAAUUCCAAAUUUUGCUUUGGCCAAAUCGGGACAAAAAUUUUUCGAGCUUUUUGAAACGUUCCUAUCUCAUUGAGGUGUGCCGCAACGAAACCUUUCCAACAUACACCCAAAUUUUUCAGGUUCAAGGCUUUGACAUCCGGAAUACGGGAGUGGCGGCCGCCUUCCCCUACCUAAUCGCCAUCAUUGUCAAAUUUUUGGUGGGCCCCGCCAGCGAGGCCAUCGAGAAGGUGCCGUGGAUCAGCGAGAAGGCCGUCGUCAUCAUCUUCGCCUCGCUCUCCCAGUACACCAUGGUGGUGGCGUUCGUACUACUGGCCUACCUGCCGCGCUCUCAGCAGGUCUUUUCGCAGAUUUGCUAUACGAUCGCGAUCGUUGCCAGCGGCUUGAAUGCCAUCGGUGUCUUCAAGAGCACGCAAAUGGUAAGGAGUUUGAAAUCGGGGCGAAUCUCUGGGAAAUUCGUGGCGGAUUCGAGGCCAAAAUUUCUACAGUGGAGGGACCUGAUACAGUGGCAAAAAAAGUACCAUUUUGCAUCCAGGAAGUAUCAAAAAAUGUGGCAAAAUAUCUCCCUCUCCAAGCGAAAAAACUCAGAUUUCAAAAUGUGCGCCCGCUCUUUUUGUGAGGAAAAGGAGCGCGCCCUUCAAAAAGAAGUCUUUUCACUUCGAGUGGGAAGCAUUUUGCCACAUUUUGUGAUGCCUCCCGGAUGCAAAAUGAUACGUUUUUUGCCACUGGAUCAAGUCCCCCACUGUAAUAUUGAGAGGUGAUGAUGUGUUUUUCAUCCAUUCUUGUUUUCUCGCACGGUGCAAUCAAAUUCUCAGCCUAAUUCUGGAUGCACAGUGCACAGCGUUUCGAACAAUUUUUCGAAAUUGCAGUGCUGAAUUGAAACCCAAAACACUCACAGUGCGUUUUGAAAUUCCUGGUCAACUGCACUGUGCGAUGAAAUAAAAAUUUUCCCUUGCACAGUGCAAUCUCACCUUGUUUCUUUUCCCACCGCACUGUGCAAUCAAAUUUAAAUUUUUUCGUUUCCGUAGGAACAUGCGGAAUUUUGAAUUCAAAAAAUGCACAGCGUGGUUUGAUCCCCUUCUUCAUGACGUUAUGCUAAAAUUUAGAACCAACGCUUUCCUUUGCACAGUGCAAUCAGCAGUUCAUUUUUGCGCUGCACAGUGCAGUGGACUUUUUCUUUUUUCACUGUGCAAAGAAAUGAAAGCAAAGGCUAAAGAUUGGAUCUGUUAGAGAGAAAAUUACGUUGCCUCUUCAUUCACCGUCUUUUUUCCAAAUUUUUUCACUCAUCAUGACGGAUUUUUUUGCAUUUUUUUGACUUGAUGAUUUUCCAGAUUUGUGGUAGAUUCGUGCCUUUCAUACUGUCAGUGAACAUGUUUAUCAUGAGUCUUUGCAUUCUAAUGAUCCCGUUCGUGGUCACGGGACUUGCACCUAAUGGAACACCGAGUGAGGCAAGUGCAAUAUAAUUUUUUCGCUUUUUUUGCGCAAAAUCCACUCAAUCAUGACUAGAACCAUAUAAAAACCCUUUUAAACUUCAGUGGGCCACAUUAUUCGUCGCCACCGCCAUCCUCGUCGCCAUUGUGACCACCAUUUUCAAUUUCACGGCCCAAGUAACGCCAAGGAAGUGGGCCUACAAAUCGAAUGAUCCCUCGACAAAUGGCGACGCUAAAAAGGCGGAGAAUCAAAAAGCAACUCAAGGAAAUGGAACCCAAAACAGUGUAAAUCAACAAAAUCAAGUGUAA